AAAGGACCUUUGGCAGUUGGUGCCUUUUCCCUGAUUGCAUACCUAGGAUUGGGCGCAGCAUGGGAUAUUCUUUUACGGUCAUCUUGGACUCCCCUUGAGAACUACCCAGACUGCGGGAGAAGGGAAGAAAGUAUUGAAAAAGAAGACAGAAUUUUUGCCAACUCAAGUUUCUUCAAAUCGUUCAUAAACUCCCAAGAGGUUGGAAGAUUUUGCUUACAAGACUGUACCAUGAUACAACUGGAUACAGUUUACAACCUACAAGGCCAAUACAAGGUUGAAUCUCCUAUUUGGUUCAACAGUGAAAACAAACCUUUACAGUUCGAGAGCGUUGAUAUAGAUGUUAGACUGGACAGGGUUCCACAAGACAUCACUUGCUUAGAUAACUGUUAUUUCUUUGUUCCCGAAGCACCUCUAAAUAAAAACCGGAAUUUAUGCUAUUUAUCUGCUAACAGUGAAUUUGAUUGUGUACUGUUAGAUAGUGGAACCCCAAAGGAGAGUAAUGAAACAGCAGCAUUCAUUGGUGCAACAACCAACUACACAGAUCAAAAAUCUAACAAGCAAUUUUCCAAAUACGGAUUGAAACUAAAAUAUCUAGUUCUUUAA